AUGCGAGCACAUUCAACAGUCAACAAAACCCAUACUAGUGGAUAUGAGAGUGGACCAGUCCCGACAUGGAUGAAAACUUUAGAAGAGAAAUAUAAAAGACUUCAUAUGAAAAUAGUCUUUAAUGCCAGUGCCAAUCGCAGACGUUCCAGAGUGUUAUCUGCUGUUUCCACCAGAUCUUCACAUAUUAAACAAAAUGUGCGUGCAACUCGAGUUCAGGAACCGAAAACGGCAGCCAGUUUAUGCCAGUCAGAAAUCAAGCACGGAUUUAUUCUAAAAGACGCAUUUGAAAAUGUCGAAACCGUAUCUAAAACGGAUGAACUGGAAACAGAAGUGAAUCUUAAGGAACAGAACGAUUUUGAUCUGAGUGAAGAAGAUUGUGAUAACGAUUCAGAGUCCACGUCCGAAGAGCUUGAAGAAAUGAAGAACUCAGUCCGCAGAAAAUCGAUUCACAAAGGAUCGAUGAUGAACGUCAAUGAUGUCGAUGGAUUACUAACAAAAAUUGAAAAGAAUCCCAGCCACAAGACGCGUUCCGUGUCCCUUCAGAGACAAGAACCUCUACUAAUGCGUGAACCAACGCGAGACGAACUGCACAAAUCCAAACUGUUUCAACGCAUGUCAAAAGAAGCACAGAUAGCAAUAACAGAAACACGAAAUGAAAAGAAACGGCAAAGUUUAAGUGUACGGCGUGAAAGUCUUUUAUUAAAUAACUUUACGAACAAUACCAAGAAUACCACAUUAGAUGUGAAUAUGCAUAAUGCGAAUAGUACCACAAAAAGGUCGAAGAGCUGCGUCGCGGUGUAUUCAAUGUCGUCAUCGACAUCAAUGUCUUCUGAGGACGAAAACCAGAAGCGAAUACCGGAAGUGAACCCCAAACGACACUUACCCAAAAUAAUUUCUGCCAGAACUGAAUCCACAUUUCAAAGUGCGGGAGAGCGAAAUGUUCUUCUUCCUGGAGUAGGAAGAUACAAAAUCCCCAUUCCAGUACUACGAGAACAGACUUUUCAAGUGACUGGUGCAGAAUAUGACAUUAGAUAUCGUGAAGUGAUACGAACGGAUAGGCGUGACUCCAUGACACCACCGUCAGACAUUCUAGAGCAAGCAAUGUUAAAAUGCCAACAAUGGUUGACCAAAUAUGUUGUGUGUUCAACAGCAAGAAAGUGA